UCUAAAGAUCUUAAAAAUGAUGCCUCACAGCUUUUAUUAUAUCUUACUGAGAAGUGUUCAGAAGAGUCAGGUUGGAGUGUUGAAUUUGAUAAUGGUGGUUUAUGUAAUUUGGUGAAGACUUUGGAUUCACAAUUAGAAAAAAAGGCUGAGUGGAACUAUUUUUUUGAGUAUCAGACUCUGUCAUCAUGUGUUGGGAUUGUAUCUGUUAGUAGUAAAAUAUUGCCUACUAUUGACCAUAUACUCUUAGAAUACUUGACCCCACAAAUUCUUUCUAUUGAGUGUAUUAAAAUAGCACAGUGUUUAUACUUCGAUGUGAUAUUAGUUGACUUAACAGUAAUUGGAUUGGAUGACAAGAAUGAGAAUAUAAGUGAUCGAUUUACAGAAGAUGUUUAUGAUACGAAGCAGAUUUUACUUAAAUCAAUGAUAUCAAAAAUGGAUCAAAUUAAUAUUAAAGAGAUCUGGCAAAUCACUAAUAAAUGA